AUGGACUCCGUCGCCCACCGGCCGUGGGAGCCUGUCUCCUCGGGCCCUCAGACGCCGGCCUCCUCGAGCCAGACAUUACCCUCGAUAUCGACGUUAACCGCCAACAUGAGCGGUGCGGGCAUGAACCCGUCCGAGAAGUCGCCGGGCAAUUCGUCCUUGAACACAAUUGAACGCGACUCCGGGAACUGGUCAAUGCCGCAAAGCACAAGUAGGACUUCCUCCGGUGCGAAUGGGGAGCGGCAUGCUGACCCUCCAGGAUCCUCGACCUACUCGACCACAACCAAUGGGACCGGCAACCACUAUCCCUCCCUCACCUUCCUGACCUCGACCUCCCAACCCUCGCCGAAUCGCGGCCACAUCGUGCCAGACCGGUCGCCCUACUCCCACGAUCAAUCCACCACCCCGUCCUCGGCCGGCGCGACACAGCCCUCCCCCGGUUUCAACACCCCUCAGCCCAAUUCCGCGCUCCCGUCCAUUAACCAGAACUUCGAUGCGUCGUCACAACGGGGCAGUGUGGUCGAGGUGCCCGAAUCGCGGCGGAGUAGCGUGGACAGCCGGGUGAAUCAGGGCAUCAGCUCGCUGGCGAUCAAUCCAGCGUCGCCGUAUCACAGCACCAAUGCGUCUCAAUCGUCGAUUGUCUCGAGCCUGCAGCGGGAGCGAGGGAUCUCGACGGACAUGAAUUCGUAUCGGGGGCCGCGCUACUCGGGUGGCGGCCAGCCUCUUUCCCCCUUGGGACCCCGGCCGGGCGAGCAUCGAUCGUUCGCGGCCGGGCGUACGGCUCCUGCCAUUUCCUCCAACCCUCGCUCCGAGAUCUACAAUGCCGAGGCACCCACGGCGGGUAUGGCAUACGCCUUUCCGGACCCCGAUGUAGCACGGUCGAGCUCAAUCUCGUCUACGGAAAAUCCACCCUUCUCCCGCAAGGGCAGCACGGCGGAGUCCCUCAGUAGCAUGUACUCGGAGCGUAUGCCACGAGGACAACACGAACUGCCCCAAAACGUACAUCACCACUCGCUGCAGCACAAGCAAGUCCGGGAGCUGAUUGGGGAAUCCGAAGCGGGCGCCGGCAACACGCCAUACAGCCGGACCCCCGAAUUGCGCGUCACGCAUAAACUGGCCGAGCGCAAGCGCCGCAGCGAAAUGAAAGACUGUUUCGAGGCUCUGCGCAUGCGUCUUCCCCAAAGCCAGAACAACAAGUCCAGCAAAUGGGAGACGCUGACUCGCGCCAUCGAAUACAUCAGCUCGCUCGAGAAAUCCCUGAACCAGGUUCGCCGGGAGAACGCCAGCCUACACGCCGACCUGGACGAGAUGCGCGCCCAAUUCCAGCAACAAGCCAACGGCCCAUCACGGACGGCCUCAAUAUUCGAGCAUCACCCGAUGGCCGCGACACCGACCAAUGGACAGCCCCCAGGCCCUGCGUUCGGGGGCUUCGGGAACGGGUCGAAUGUGGCCCAUGAGCAGCCCCGAACCCUGCCGCCGCUCAUGAAUGGCUCCGUGGCUCCGAUGCAGGGCAUCCAGUAUACCGACGAGCGACGAUAG